AUGGAUAAUGAGACUUAUAUUAAAGAAUUCAUCCUGGUGCCAUUUUCGCUAAAACCUGGAUAUACAUCAUUAACUACCAGUGUGUUUUUCUUCCUAUAUGUGUUUGGAGUGCUCAUCAAUUCUAGUAUAAUUGCAGUGAUAUACACUGACGUAAAAUUACACACUCCCAUGUAUGUAUUUCUCUGUAACCUGGCCUUUGUAGAUAUCUGUUUUACAACCACCACUGUCCCUAAACUGUUGUACAUGUUACUAUCUGGAGAUAAUACAGUGUCCUUCAUACAAUGCUUCACCCAGAUGUAUUUUUUUGCUUUGAUUGGUGGUGCAGAAGAUAUUGUAAUAUUUAUUAUGGCGUAUGACCGAUAUGUUGCUAUAUGUGAUCCUUUGCACUAUCAUGAUAUCUUAAAUAGGAAACACUGUAUCUCAUUGGUAUCUGGCACCUGGAUAUUAGGAAUCUUAAACUCAUUUGUGUUUACAACUUCAGCCUUACACAUGUCCUUCUGCCAUUCUCACACCAUACAACAGUUUUUCUGUGAUCCAAAAGCUCUGAUUAAUGUCUCCUGUGCUGGCAGUGAGCAGUUUUAUAUUGUCAUCUAUCUUGAAUUAUUGAUAUUGGGUUUUUUCCCAGCCAUGUUCAGUUUGACAUCUUAUAUAAAAAUUAUCAGGAUCGUCUUGCAGAUAAAAUCUAAGGAUGGAAGGAAGAAAGCCUUCUCCACCUGCUCAUCUCAUCUCAUAAUUGUCAUUAUGUACUAUAUGACAUGUUUUUCUGCUUAUAUGAUGCCAAAUUUAGAAUACUCCAAUGUCCUAGAACAGGUCCUUACCGCAUUGUACUCUGUUGUCACUCCCAUGAUAAACCCUCUGAUCUACAGUCUACGGAAUAAAGAUGUGAAAAGUGCUCUGCGGAGGCUGCUGGGGGUUAUUUUAAGUUUAAAAAAGAUCAAGGUAAAGUGA